UGUUUUUGUUAGUCGCUGUCAGUUAUUGUGAUCGUUUAGAAGCGCACAAAUGUUAUUAAUCACUUUUGCAUGAAGUUGGCUUGCUUCACCGGUCGCGUUACGUGUUUUGGACUCAAUUCGCGAAACUCGUUCCGUCUGUCGAGUUGUCGGGUUUUGUUCCGGUUAGUCGCGGGUUCAAAGUUUGCGCGCGUACACUCGCUGUCUCUGUCUCUCUCUCGCAUUGGUGGACGGGUUCGGACGCGCGAUCAUCGCCAACUACGUUCCCACUGGAAUCUAUGGUUGCUAUGGUAGAGCAUAAUCCUCAGUGGUGGACAAUGAAGCCCUUAUGAUUGCUGUGGUUUGUCUCUUGAACUGUUAUUGUUCGCACUCGAGUGUGAAUGUGAUGUGUAACAUAGGCUCUUAUGGGCUCAUUUGCUGAAUUUAUGAGCGCACUUCCCCCUUCGAAGCAAUUGCAUAUCAUAUCGCGCUGUGGGUGAAAAUAUUGGGCUGUCAAUUUAAUGUGCGCCCUAUCAUGAAGCGGUAAUUGAUGCAGCCACACGUUAUGCAGUACGAGCUAAUAAAUAGCAAAGUGAAAGCAAAAGUGACAAAUAAACAACAACAACGUAACAGAAAACAAAACAGCAUUAUUGCAGUGAUAAUUCUUCGACUAUUUGUGUGGUUUGAUGUGGUUAUAGAGGCUCCAAUCUGAUAAGCGGAUUAAUUAUAAUUUCAUGUCAAACAACUGUCAUCGCAAGCAGUCAACCGAAGCAGUACUGUAAGGAACAACCGUUUUGUAAACCAGAUGUUUGCUAGCAAAUAAGAAGGCGAGAAGAAAUACCUUCACCGCGCAAUCCGUUGCUAUCGUUGGUAGAUGCAGUGAUUGAAAGACUGAUAAGUAACAAGCGACUCGGAAUAACCACCGCCACAAUGCUGACCUCAAGUAAUCAGUACAUUCGACCGGAAUAUUUAUCCCCGCUUCCCACUACGUUCGAUUCCAAAACGAGCCCGUUGGCUUUACUGGCACAAACAUGCAGCGCAAUAGGGUCUGAUUCACCGAAUCCAAAGCUACUGGCAAACAUAGAAAAAAGUACAAAAGGAAGCCGCGAUAAACUGUCACCCGGGACACUUUCAAGCGGUUCAUCAAAUGAUACUCCAAAAUCAAGUUUUAAGCCAUAUGAACCAUCCACGGUGAACCGCGAGCAGACAAAAUCUCCGGACGAUACUCAUAGUACCAUGGUGCGAAACAAAUCCCCAAAGAGGUCCGUCAAUGCGCCAAAUCACCAAAUCCUGAACGGGCGUUGUGAAUCUAACCAAAGUGCUGCUUCAUCACGAGCAUCUCCGACGAGUAAUCACCGAAAAACUCCAAGCAGCUCGCAACUCCAUCUUGAGCGUACAAGCAGUCCAAAUCGUGCCUCAUCCAAAGAUUCUUUACAUGCGUUAAUGAAUAGUUCCACUGAAGCUACGUUAUCAAAACCAUCUACAGAAUCUAUAAGCAAGGACCCAAGUAGUAGUGGUGAAAACUCCAUUAGAGCAUCAACUUCUGCCCCAUCGUCAACAACGAUCGGGCCUCCAUAUUACUCUGGUUAUGGAAGCUACCCCAUAGACCUUCUAGCGUCAAGUGCGCUAACGCAUCACCAAAUGUUGAAAGCGGCUGCCAUGAACCCUUAUUUCAAUUACUCCAAACUAAAGAUGCCAGGAGCUCCAGACUCCAUGAUCCCAGUCUGCCGUGAUCCCUACUGUACUGGAUGUGCCUUAAGCUCUCAUAUGCUAGGAAAGCUUGGAACGUCAAGCUGUCCAGCGGGCUGUACUCAAUGUGAUCAUCCUGGAAGUAAAACCUUCUCACAAGCUGCCGCAGCAGCAUCCCUCGCCGCUAGUCAAUCAUCAGCAGCCAUGUACGCCCAUGCUCAACUAGCCGCCCUGGCGGCAGCUUCUCAGUUACCCUACGUGUGUAACUGGAUAGGUAGCGAUUCGUCCUACUGCGGCAAGCGAUUCGCCGCUUCCGAAGAACUGUUUCAAACUGAUCUGAGAACCCAAAUAUUGCCGCCGGAGUUUCGGAGUUUUACGUCGGAGUUUGCCCUCAUCAACCCUGCGACGGCAGCUGCAGUAGGACUCCCACCGACACAUCCUCUGUUCCAAAGAACCUACCCCACCCCUCCUCUUAGUCCGAUGUCCACUGCCCGUUACCACCCCUACGGCAAACCACCAUUACUUCCCCCUGCUAUGUCACCGGCAUCUCUCGCUGGUAUCCCGAUGCCACCACAUCCUUCGCUGGCGCAGUAUUUUCCUCCGUAUUCGUUUUACGGAGCGCGAUUAAACGGGUCAAAUAAUAUGCAUCCUUGAAAAGGUGCAUGGUUUAACAUUUUGUUCAGUUUGUAAAUAAUUUAUUGUUUUUAUUCGAUGAAAUGUUUGUUGUCGAACAAAAUUUUAAUGUAAUAAAAUGGUACUUUGUCAAACUCUAGGCACUCUAUUGCAAUAUUUCAGAGAAUGGAAAAAUAAAAUAUUUUCUUGGAA